ACGAAUACAAAGAGCAACACAGUUCUUAUUCAUGCAAGCUAAAGCCUCCUCAUCAUCUCUACACGGCUUCUUUUUGGAUCCAUCCACAUAAAGUGUGUCAGUUCCUGGAGACUCAGCAGCAUUUUGGACUGAAUGUAAUAGCUACUCCAGGUUGAUCACAAUUAUAUUGAUGUUUUUGGGGGGGAUUUUUUCCCUGCUUGGAGCGGGGGUGUAAGUGGAUCGUGCGUCACUAAUUGGGAACCCUGCUCUGCUGUUCCUCCCGGGUGCAGACUCUCCUCCAGCUGAUGGGACCAGUCCGACUCAGGGAGUCUCUUUAGGACCACCAGUAUCCCCCCAUGGCACCAUCACGUUUCCCGGCCACCGAAUCCUCUGACAUUUAUAAGUGACCGUGCGCCACUAGGGGACUCAUCUUCAGCAGGAGCACCGUUACGCACAAAGCCCCCGUGGACUGGACACCGUCCUCCUCCUGUUGCGCCAUGAACAACUCCAGGAUGCCGAGUGGACGCGCGCAGACGGCUGGCAUCAUGGACUUUCUUUUCCUGAAGCAAGAUGGGGAAGAAGAAGCGAUGGAUGGACUGGGGCUCGCCAGUGGGGCCAUGUUCCUGGAGAGCAUCUCCUCCUCCUCCAGGGCUGCGGGAUUGGAGCUGAUGGCGGCCCCGCUGACCGAGUCCCCUCACCUGAUGGUGCCAGCCUUCUGGGACUCCCCGCUCAGCCACGGCAUCAACGUGGUGGUGGGGCUGGUGCUCUGCUUCACCAUGCUGGGGCUGGGCUGCACGGUGGAGAUCAGCCAGCUGGGGGAACACAUCCGCAGGCCGAUCGGCGUGCUGCUGGCUCUGGUGUGCCAGUUUGUGAUCAUGCCCUUGGUGGCGUUUCUCCUGGCUCUAGCCUUCUCUCUGGACGACGUGGCGGCCAUGGCCGUCCUCCUGUGUGGGUGCUGUCCCGGGGGGAACCUGUCCAACAUCAUGUCCCUGCUGGCGCACGGGGAGAUGAAUCUCAGCAUCAUCAUGACCAUCUCCUCCACUCUGCUGGCGCUGGUGCUGAUGCCGCUGUGCCUGUGGAUCUACAGCCGGGCCUGGAUCAACACCCCCGUGGUGGACCUGCUGCCCUUCGGGGCCAUCAUCCUGACCCUGUGCAGCACUCUCAUCCCUAUCGGGUUAGGAGUCCUACUGAGGCACCGCCACACACGCGUGGCCGACAUCGUUUUGAAGGCCUCUCUCUGGUCUCUGCUGGUCACCCUGGUGAUGCUGUUCAUCCUGACCGGGGCCAUGCUGGGGCCGGAGCUGCUCUCCACCAUCCCGCCCUCCGUCUACGUGGUGGCCAUCCUGAUGCCCCUGUGCGGCUACGCCGCGGGUUACGGCCUCGCCGCGCUCUUUGAACUGCCCCCCAGCAGCCGCAGAGCCGUCUCCCUGGAGACGGGGUGCCAGAACGUGCAGCUGUGCACGGCCAUCCUGAAGCUGGCCUUCCCCCCUCAUCUGAUGGGAGGAAUGUACAUGUUCCCGCUUCUGUACGCCCUGUUCCAGGCGGCCGAGGCGGGCAUCUUCAUCUUGGCCUACAGGACCUACAGGAAGCAGGUCCUGCAUAAAGCGGAUCCCCUGAUGGAUGACGAUGAAACGGACAUAACGUACCAAAGGUUUCAGGAUGAGGACUUUGACUCAACUUAUGGUGCAGUUACUGUGAGCGACCCGAACACGAUCAUGCUGGACCCUUGUCCUCCACAUCCAACUCCUGUUUAGUGUGCAAACUUUAGAACGUCUCUCUGCUACCGAUGCACCAGAGCAGAUUAAGACCUGGGGGCGCACGUGUCAUUUUGAUUAGUUUUAGUAUCACUCAAAAUAAAAAAGGAAAACAAAAGUCACUGACAUGACUCCUGAAAAAGGUGCUUUCUGCUUAACUCACUGAAGUUAGCCUGUCUUGUAUGAUGAAAGAAGCCUGCUGUUGCUUAAAGUUAAAAAGAAGAAAUAGACAUUUACUGUCAGUGAUGCAUGAUUUUGCGUGUGUGUGUUUGAAAGAGGGACUAAAAGCCAUUUGACAAACAUAUCAGAAGUAUUUAUGUGCAGAUUUCCAAAUAAGCCUGUCCCAAACAAGUAUCUGAAACAAACUGUACUAUAUGUGUAUAUUAUAGACAACUGUAUCGAUAUAUGUAUAUAUUAAAGACAUACAGAGACCAAAAAAACCCUGUUUAC